AUGUUGGCCCUGGCGUCAACAAGGCCGGUCGCGAGAAAUUCGUCGGCCGCCAUGCAGCACGUCGGCAGAUUGAUGGCUGCCAACGCCAUGCGCACCUACGCCACGCCCGCCGGUCCCCCGCCUGCCAACUUUCGCAUGAAGAGACAUCAGACCUGGGACGAGGAUCAGGAGUCUACGUUGAACAAGCUUGGUCGUUAUUUCCUGCUGUCCGAGAUGGCCAGAGGAAUGUACAUCCUGAUGGAGCAGUUCUUCCGCCCGCCCUACACCAUCUACUACCCCUUUGAGAAGAGCCGGAUCGUUGCCGAGAUUAAGAGGACACGCAUCGGCCGCUAUCAUCGCAUACGAAACCACGAAUACAACGAGGAAGAAGAGGACUAUUUCGGACAAAACAGACACGCAUUGAAGAGCAAGACGACUAACAGGAAUUUCUCUCAGGGUCCCAUUUCCCCCCGCUUCCGUGGCGAGCACGCUCUUCGCCGCUACCCGUCCGGUGAGGAGCGCUGUAUCGCCUGCAAGCUUUGCGAGGCCAUCUGCCCUGCUCAAGCCAUUACCAUCGAGGCCGAAGAGCGUGCCGACGGAUCCCGCCGCACCACAAAGUACGAUAUCGACAUGACCAAGUGCAUUUACUGCGGUUUCUGCCAAGAGUCGUGCCCCGUCGAUGCCAUCGUCGAGUCCCCCAACGCCGAGUACGCCACCGAGACCCGCGAGGAGUUGCUGUACAACAAGGAGAAGCUGCUGUCCAACGGUGACAAGUGGGAGCCGGAGUUGGCUGCCGUUAUCCGCGCCGAUGCCCCCUACAGAUAA